UUUCCACUUCAGGAGAAUGGCUAGUCUACUAUGGCUUGCUCACUUUCUCUGCUUCCUUUUGUUUCACUUGCAUUUCCGAGCUGCUUCUUCUUUACCUUUUUCUUUCAAUUCCUCCUCUCCAGCCAUGCCGUGUCAACAUGACCAGAGUCUUGCCUUGCUCCAAUUCAAGAAAACCUUUUCCAUUAGAAGUAAUGCCUCUCCCUGGGAUUUCCCUUACCCCAGGCCUUAUCCCAAAACUGAGUCUUGGAAAAAGGGCACAGAUUGCUGCUUGUGGGAUGGGGUCACUUGCGACAUAGAAACGGGUAACGUAAUUGGCCUUAACCUUUCUUCUAGUUUGCUCUAUGGUACCAUCCAUUCUAAUAAUACUCUUUUCUUCCUUCCUCAUCUCCAAAAGCUUGACCUCUCUAACAAUGAUUUCAACAACUCUCAAAUUGGCCAAAUUCCACUUGAAAUUUCUUAUCUUGCUGGUUUGGUAUCUCUUGAUCUUUCAAGGAAUUAUGAUUUGAUACUCAAAGCCACUGUUUUUAACGAGAUUGUUCAAAACCUAACCCAGUUACAGGAAUUGGACCUAAGUGAUCUAAACCUGUCGUCGGUUGCAACUAGUUCCUUGAUGAAUUUGUCUUCUUCUAUAUCAUCACUUGCACUCUCCUCUUGCAAUGAAGAUCUCACUGGUUCCCUACCUAGGCAUAAUUGGAAAAACUCCUUCCGUUCCUUGUCUCUUUCUGGGACAAAAAUUCCAAUAUAUUUAGACCAUGACUUCAUUAGUAAUUUAAAGUCCUUGGAAACACUGGAACUUCGUGCCUGCAACUUUGGAGGUUCAACUUUGGAAUUGUUUGGUAACUUGACUCAACUCAUUAACUUGGACAUCUCUCAUAAUAAUCUCAGCGGUCAAAUUCCAUCCUCACUUGGAAGCCUUAAACAACUCCUUUUAUUGGACCUCUCUUACAACAAUUUUAGUGGUGAGAUUCCCUCCUCAUUUGUAAGCCUUAAACAGCUUGAAACUUUGGACCUCCGCGUCAACAAUCUCAGUGGUCAAAUUCCAUCCUCACUUGGAAGCCUUGAGGAACUCUAUUCAUUGGACCUCUCCUAUAACAAUUUUCAUGGUGAGAUUCCCUCCUCAUUUGGAAACCUUAAACAGCUUUAUACUUUGAACCUUUACAACAACAAUCUCAGUGGUCAAAUUCCAUCCUCACUUGGAAACCUUGGGGAACUCUAUUCAUUGGACCUCUCCUAUAACAAUUUUAAUGGUGAGAUUCCCUCCUCAUUUGUAAGCCUUAAACAGCUUGAAACUUUGGACCUCCGCAUCAACAAUCUCAGUGGUCAAAUUCCAUCCUCACUUGGAAGCCUUGAGGAACUCUAUUCAUUGGACCUCUCCUAUAAAAAUUUUCAUGGUGAGAUUCCCUCCUCAUUUGGAAACCUUAAACAGCUUGAAACUUUGGACCUUUACAACAACAAUCUCAGUGGUCAAAUUCCAUCCUCACUUGGAAGCCUUGAGGAACUCUAUUCAUUGGACCUCUCUUAUAACAAUUUUAAUGGUGAGAUUCCCUCCUCAUUUGGAAACCUUGGGGAACUCUAUUCAUUGGACCUCUCUUAUAACAAUUUUAGUGGUGAGAUUCCCUCCUCAUUUGGAAACCUUAAACAGCUUGGUACUUUGAACCUUUACAACAACAAUCUCAGUGGUAAAAUCCCAUCCUCACUUGGAAGCCUUAAAGAACUCUCUUCAUUGGACCUCUCCUGUAACAAUUUUAAUGGUGAGAUUCCCUCCUCCUUUGAAAACCUUAAACAGCUUGAUAUUUUGUGGCUCAACAACAACAAUCUCAGUGGUCAAAUUCCAUCCUCACUUGGAAGCCUUAAAGAACUCUCUUCAUUGGACCUCUCCUAUAACAAUUUUAAUGGUCCCAUCACUUUCCAAGGAAGCAGGCUUUCAAGUUUAGUAUACCUCGAUUUAUCCAACAACUUGUUACAUGGCCGAAUUCCAAGUUCAAUUUUCAAACUUGUGAACUUGAGUGUUCUUAUUCUUUCAUCCAACAAAUUGAUAGGAGAAGUCUCUUCUGCAUUUUGCGAGUUAAAUUCUCUUCAAAUUCUUGACCUGUCAAACAAUAGUUUGAACGGCUCCAUGCCACAAUGUUUGGGAAAUUUCAGCAACAAUCUUUCAGUAUUGCACUUGGGCAUGAACAAAUUCCAUGGAACCAUCCUUGAAACGUUUUCAGUAGGCAGCAACUUGAGAUAUUUGAACUUUAAUGGUAACCAAUUGCAAGGGAAAAUUCCACCUUCCAUCUGCAAUUGUAUAAAUUUGGAAAUUUUAGAUCUUGGAAACAAUAAUAUAGAUGACACAUUCCCCCAUUUUCUGGCAACACUUUCGAAGCUACAAAUUCGAAUUCUAAAAUCCAAUAAAUUUCAUGGUUUGGUGAAAGGGACCUCUACCAAUUAUUCAUUCUCAAAGCUACGAAUUUUUUACCUCUCCAACAACUUGUUUAGCGGACCUCUACCUGCGGAGUAUUUCAACAAUUUAAAGGCAAUGAUGAUCUUUGAUUUGAAUAUGAAAUACAUGGGGCGCCAAAUCAUCCUUCUUAUGAUUAUUCUGAAUUUGGGAUUGUGUGGAUUUCCGCUAGAAAAAUGUGACAAUGGGGAGAGGCAACAACCAACAUCAUCAAAAGAAAUUGAUUCCAAGUCUAAAAAUGGAUUUGGAUGGAAAGCUGUAUUGGCAGGGUAUGGAUGUGGAGUAAUAUUUGGUGUUGUAAUGGGAUAUGUUGUGUUUAAAACAAGAAAACAUAUAUGGUUUGUGAGGAUGGUUGAAGGUGAAGGGCGUCGAAGUCUAAAAGAUUAA